ACACACUCUCUUUCACACACACACACACACACACACACACCAGCAUGCUCGCUCGCACUCACUCUGCCUGCCUGACACAGACUCUCUACUUACAGCGUUGAAGGGAGGACUGAGGCUCACACUAUCAGCACGGCUUCUCAAUGGGGGGAUGCAGCCAAGAGCAGACAGAGCGGUCAUUCCACUGGAGCCUUCCGCUGCACGCGGGAGAGGGAGACGACGAGUGAGGAGGGUGAACUAGCCCCCCUCCCACCCACUCCCAGCCCACCUCUUUUCAUCCCCAGCACAGGAGUUUUACUGACGGCUGUAGAGACACUGAAAAUAAGAAGAUCUGCACAAAUGUGGCUGAAACAGCCGUGACAUGACCAUCCCUGUCCAGUUUGUGACAAAGCCUCACACCCUGAGUGUUCUGCUUUCAUGGUGACUGUUUGUCUUGGGAAGGAUUUUUUUUUUAAAGAACCUGAGCAGAAGAGGUCCUGAGGAGGGUAACACGAGGAAAAGCCUCCUUUUCUUCUUUUUUUCUGUGCUUACCUGGUGGUGGAAUUUCAAGCAGCAAUCCCCUUGGCUUCACAGAAUGGAUGGAUUUAAGAGAGAGGAGUGAGUCUGCUGAGGAGACGGGCAGAUUGUGACUGAGCUUCUUUUCCUCCUGAACACACAGCUCAGACUCAGCCUUACCAUGUCCUGGUUGUUGGUUGUGUGGAUUAGCCUCGGCUUCCUGCUGCUGUGCCAGGCCUCGCUCUAUCAGACCAUCCAGCAGCACCACGUGGCCCGACCAGGGCGCACCGACAUCCUCACCCUGGAGGGUGGAACGUGUGAGGUGAUUGCUGCCCACCGAUGCUGUAACAAAAACCGCAUUGAGGAGCGCUCUCAGACAGUCAAGUGCUCCUGUUUACCUGGGAAAGUGGCCGGGACGACACGGAACAAACCCUCCUGUGUGGAUGCAUCCAUUGUAAUUGGGAAGUGGUGGUGUGAGAUGGAGCCAUGUCUGGAGGGAGAAGAGUGUAAGACUCUGCCUGACAACUCUGGAUGGAUGUGCUCCUCCGGGAACAAGAUCAAGACCACAAGGAACACCCAGCCUUACUCCCCUUUUUAGCUUCCGGAAGCAAAAUGCAGAGGAUGCGUCCACAGAAAUUGAGCUGCAUUCUUGCUUCUGUAAAGAUUAAUCCCAGGACCUAACAGAGAGCUCCCAGUGCAGGACUGUGUUCCAGCUCUUCCUUUACGUGCACUUUUUUUUUUUCCUUUUCCCAUCGAAUGGUCUAAAACUAUUACAUCCACAGCUGCGAACUGGCUUACACGGGACCACAGAAAGGAUAUCUGCCCAGAUAGAACAGAUUUACACUGCGCGGCACCAUGGAUUUGAAACCGGACUAAUCCACUGUAUGAUCAACGAGCCUCCAUGUUGGUGACUGUCUGCUGUCAGCUGUGGCCAGUUUCCAAUCUGCUCUCUUUCUGUUUCUUCAAUCUUGUUGUUUGCUGAAAACCUGGGACAGCUUAUCGGGGGUUAUUUACAGCCGGUUAAACCCUUAAAGACAAUCUGUUGACCUGCCUAUAGGUGGACCUGUUAGGAGGCGUGCAUGGAGCUCCACAAAACUACGGGCACAGUGGAGUAAAAGUGAUCCCCAUUCUGUUAUUUCUGUGUGGAAAAUAUCUGUAGAUGACUUGCUGCUGGAGAAGGAUAACAUUGCUGUGAAACUACGGAGGACAUUUUGACUAAAAAUAAUAAAAGAAGAAAACUCGUCAGAUUAUAAGAAACUGCAGCCUACAACGAGACAAUACAGACGCCGUCUGGUCUGCCUUCAUGACCUGAGCUUCAUCCUUCACAAGGAAUAUUUUGACGUUUAUUGCUGGGCAUGCCCAUUGUAGAUUCAUGAGCACUUUUCGUUUUUUUUUAUGUUGGAUCAUUUGUGUAUAUAAAACACAUAUAUAAAUACAUUACAUGUACUGUAAGAUGACAGAUGCAGGAGGCUGAAAAAUAUAUUUACAAUUCUAAGAGAAGCUCCCUUGGUGGAAUAUUGAUCAGCUCCGGAACAUAAUCCAGGAGCUGAUGUAUACGCUUGCACUGGUGGGAGGGAAAGGCUGUAAGUGAAUCAUAAAAAAACCCAACAAGUUCUGCUUGUCAUUUAACAAUGUUUUCUGUCGAGACAGACGAUGCUUCUGUAAAAAAAAAGGGGGAAAACAAUGUAUAGAACUGCUUCACUUUUCUAAGCAGCAGUGACAACAAUUCUUGAUCCUUCUAACCGAGCACAGCAGGAGCUGCAGAACAACGACGAGCAUGAUCAGAAGAAGUGUUCAUGGGCAAGAGUCCUUGUCGUGUAGAUCGCUACUCUCACACACAGGAGAGAKAUGUUACUUCAAAUGAUGCUGAGAAAGUAUUAAGAGGAAAAAGCUACCCCCCCCCCCCCAGUAGAUAUAAGUACCUUACAAGACAGCCUUAUGAGAAAUAAAAAUGGUUUUCUAUAUGAA